AUGCCCCGAUUCCUGCAGCCUAAAAAGUCGACACAGCAUCGUGUAGCAGCGAUUGCUCUAUAUCGAGCUUUGCUGUCGCGAUGUUCCUCCGCUCCACUCCCGGAUGACGACCGCGUAUCUUUGCGCAACGCUAUUCGCAACAAGUUCCGACGGAACAGAAAGAUACAGAGUCCGUAUCAGUUGGGCCUAAGCUUCAAAGCUGGCUACCAGACGCUUGACCAUCUCGAUGCCUCCGCUACUGGAGACGCAACCAGCACAAGCAUUCUGACGCGGCUGGUUUCCCAACUACCCUGCGCUCUGACGCGCAUUCUACCAAUAAAGCCACGGCGAGAGACGCCGCCAGAUCCCCUCAAAGAACGGCUCGCGCGCCUACCACCCGAGAAAGCUGUCCUCAAUGUUCGUCCGUAUGCGCAAACUUCUGGACCCCGCCACGUUCCCAUACUCGCUUCUGCAAACGGCAUACCCUUCCUCCGGCUCACAAAGCCCCAGCCUCCAGCCUUGAGUCAAGUCCUCCACCAGAGACUAGAGCGAAAAACGGAGCUCUUCGACACCAUGGUUCUUCUGGACAAUUGGUGGCUGCCCAUAUGUCAGCAGGAGGAUAAGUGGGAUGUGCUCAUGAACGAGCAAUUGAAGAAGCGCGAAGAUACUGUGAGAUGGACAGAUGCGGUUCGGCUUUCGCAGUCGGAGAACCGGGAAGCAUAUGAAAAGGAUUUGAAGAAGGACAGACAAAUUACGAGGAAGAUGCAAAGGAUUGUAGACAUGGAGACCGAACUUGCGCUGAAGGAGGGACAGACAAUUGUAAGAGGAAGGAGGAGGCAUCCCAUACGAGUCAUAAAGCCAGAAUCAUGA